AUGAAUGAAGAAGUUUUUGAAGAUUUAAUUGCUGAUAUGGAUUCAGUUAACCUUAACAAUAAAUCAUCAUCGAAAUCAGAACAAAAUUCAAAUUUAGUUGAUAUCACGAAAAUUAAAAUCGAACAAACUACAACUACGCAAAUCACACCUAAAACAUCUACAAAAACACCAACACAAAAGGGUAAUAAACGUAUAGACAUUAUUGAAGAAUACAAUAAACGUAAUGCUGAAAAAGAAUCUUUAAAUUUAGUUAUUAUUGGAAAAAGCACUUUGAUGGGUCAUUUACUUUAUCUUCUUGGUGAGGUAAAUGAUAAAACAAUGAAAAAAUAUGAAAGAGAAUCAUCAAAGAUAGGAAAAUCAUCUUUUGCCUAUGCGUGGGUUCUUGAUGAGACUGAAGAAGAAAGAAAUAGGGGUAUCACCAUUGAUAUUGCAAUGACAAAGUUUGAAACUAAAAAUAAACGAUUUACUUUAUUAGAUGCACCUGGACAUCGUGAUUUCAUUCCUAAUAUGAUUUCCGGAGCAGCACAGGCAGAUGCAGCAAUACUUGUAAUAGAUGCUACAGUAGGUGAAUUUGAAGCAGGAUUUGAUGCCAAUGGACAAACAAAGGAACAUGCAUUGCUUGCUAGAAGUUUAGGCGUACAACAAUUAGUUGUAGAAUGGUCAAAAGAUAGAUUUGAUAUAAUUGUUUCGAAAUUAAGUCAAUUCUUAUUAUCACAAGUUGGAUUUAAGAAAAAGGGUAUUUUCUAUAUUCCUUGUAGUGGAUUAACAGGAGAUAACUUAUUAAAAAAAUCAGAUAAAUUAUUAGACUGGUAUAGUGGACCUACCUUGAUCGAACAAAUUGACAAGUUUGAACCACCAGUAAGACUUAUAGAAAAACCAUUCCGUCUUUCUAUAACAGAUUUUUUCAAAGGUGGUUCUGGAAGUUUAAGUGGUAUUACAGUGGCAGGAAGAAUAGAAACUGGUAGUUUACAAAUUGGCGACGAAUUAAUUAUUAUUCCUGGCAAAGGACAUGCAACAGUAAAAGCAAUACAAGUUUUGAAUGAAUCAUUCAAAUGGGCAGUUGCCGUAGGUUCAAUACUGUGCCCAAUAUCAAAUCCUGUUCCUUUAUCAUCACAGCUUUUGGUAAGAAUUGUUGUAUUUGAAGUAAAAAUCCCUAUUACUAGAGGUUAUAAUGUAAUUCUUCAUCGACAAAGUUUAAAUGAACCAGCUAUUAUAACAAGACUUAAAUCAAUUAUUGAUAAAACAACUGGAGAGCAAAUUAAAAAAAAUCCAAGACAUAUUCCAAAAUCAACAGCUGCUAUUGUUGAAAUACAACUUCCUAACAGACCGAUACCUAUAGAGACAUUUAAAGAUAAUAAAGAACUUGGAAGAAUAAUGAUAAGAAAAGGUGGAGAAACCAUUGCUGCUGGAAUUGUUACAGAGAUACAGUAUGGAGUAAUUGCACCAAAAAUUAAAGAAGUUCAUAAAUCCUUAUGUGCUGACACGAUAGACCAGACAGUUGGCAAAGAAGAUUUGCAGUCAUGCAAGCCAGUGGCCAUCUCAUUAGAACAAAACUGGAUCUUGGCAACUGUAAUUGGAUAUAAACCUGAGGUUAAGCUAAAUAACAUGUUCUUCCCAAUUGGAAAUAAAGGAGAAUUAAAGCUAAUCAAUUUAGAAAAGAUCAACUUGUCUUGCAAUGUAUACCCAGAAACAACAUGCUUUUACAAAGCAAUUGUUGUCCUUCCACCUAGUAGGAUUAAACCAUCAAAAAAGAGCUGUUAUUUACUUGAGUUUGAGGAUGAUGGACAGACAUGCUCAUAG